GCCAGCAGUUUAGUGUGUGUGGUGGAGAGUGUGAGCUAAGACCAGUGUAUCUGCCGCCCACAACACAAGCCCAGUGCCGCCCACAACACAAGCCCAGUGCCGCCCACAACACAAGCCCAGUGCCGCCUACAACACAAGCCCGCUGAUUAAUAAAGUGACUGAAACUGUGAUUUGUCAGAAAUAAAGUUUUAGAAUUGUGUAGGAUCAAUAAUACCGUGAUUUUAUUACCUCUCUAAAGGUUUAACAGCGUGUGUCUCGACCCAAUGCAAAAGUUGCCGGUAAAAACACAGUGUAUGUGUGGUUUUUAAUCCAUAGGUUUAAAGAUACCGUGUGUUUUAAAUUCACAUGUAAACACCGUGUUUUAAAUCCACAGGUUUGAACACUGUGUAUGCGACUGUGUGUUUAGGAAAAUGGUGCGAUAAUGUAUUUGUGUAUAGUUUAGUAUAGUGUAUAUAUACAGCGUUGUAUAUGUGAUAGUGUUAUGGUUCAGCGCCAGGAGGGCCAUGAUGUGGCCCAAUGGCCCUAUGUGGCUCCGUAAUGCGGCCCACCGUCUGUACUUCAGAAGAGACGAUCCGCUUGUGUGGUGGAGCCUCACUGCGGAGCCCCAGUGGAACUUUGGGUAGUGUAAGAGAAGUUCAGUGGUUUUUGGAGUGUGGUGAAGCCUUAUUCCAGUGUUUUAUUGGAACCCUUAGCAUCGGGGAUCCAAAUUUUGGAACUCUCAGCGUAGAUCCUCAUUUUGGAACACUGGUUGUGUGUUGCAAGAGGUUAGAGGAGCCUAUGAGUGUGGUGGUGAAGCAGUGUGUGGCGGUGCGUGGCUGGCGGUGGUGGUGGUGGUGGUGAAGGAGGGAGCACCGCCUCUCCCCUUCCUACUGUCAGCCAUGCUGUCAGUCAUGGUGUCCGUGUGGUGGGCGUGGCUGAUGGCCGCCCACCAACCCCACGCCCACGAAGAGCUGCCCUCCCGUAAGACCUGCACCUUCCUGGAGGGCACGCCCACGCCCUCGCCGCAGCGCCCGCGGCGGGCGUCCUCCAGGAUCUGCCGCAAGUGCCGCAAAUUCCGCGAUGGACCGCGCCGACACAGCUUCGAUGUUGAGAAUGGCACCUCCCCAGGACGUAGCCCGCUUGACGGCACCUCACCCUCCGCGGGACUGGUCCUGCAGAACUUCCCUCAACGGAGGGAGAGUUUCCUUUAUAGGAGCGACUCCGACUUCGAAAUGUCGCCCAAGAGCAUGUCCCGCAACUCUUCCAUCGCCUCCGAGGGGUCUCGUGUUAUGUUGGCUACACUAAGCGAGUCUCGAGGGACUAAUGACGACAAGCCCAUACAUGGCGAAGACCUUAUUGUUACACCUUUCGCCCAGAUCCUCGCCUCUCUCAGGUCCGUCAGAAAUAACUACAUCAACCUCACCAACGUCUCCACCACCAAGUCGCGUCGGUCGAGCGCCGCUGCGGGCUGCUCCACGCCGCAGCCCAAGAGCUUCAACUAUGGAGAUGAGACAUACACUAAGGUGGCCUUGGAGACGCUGGAGGAGCUGGACUGGUGUCUGGACCAGUUGGAGACCAUCCAGACCCAUCGCUCCGUCUCCGACAUGGCAUCCUCCAAGGUAAGUCCUGGUCUCCCCUUUCUUCCAUCUCCGUUAUUCAUUUCUCUCUUGUAUCCCUGUCUCAUCUGCCACACGGCAUCCCCCAAGGUAAGUGCUGAUUUUCUCUUUCCCCUUCGUUCGUUUCCUCUUGCUUAUCCUGUUUGCGAAAUUAAUUUUAGUGUUUGUUUUUGUGUUUUAUAUUGACACAGGUGUUGCGUUUGACCAGUGUUUGGUUUCGUUUUAGUGUG